AUGCCGAAAUCUGCUAGUACUUCCAAUCGGUCUGCUUUAAGGAGAAACCAGGCUUGUCUUUCAUGUCGGAGAAGGAAGCUCAAAUGUGACGCAGCACGCCCGCACUGCAGCACUUGCGUGAAGCAAUGGCAGGCUCUAAUCAGUGUUCCACCGCCGGUUGGCUACGCGCAUCCCACCGAGCCACAAUGCUCAUAUGAUCCUAUCGAUGGGUUGCCGAUGACUCCCAACGUUGAUCCUAUGGACCGGAUACGACAGCUUGAAGACCAAAUAUCGCAGCUGAAACACCAACUGAAUGAGGCGAGGGGUGUCAUCUCUCGACCGCCAUCUCCUCGACAGUCCUUGCAAAAUAGUUGUCCGCAAUCGACUGCGGUGCGGUCGCCAACCGGAAGUUCUGACGGCACUUCUAAUUUAACCAAUACCCCUCAGGGCAAUGCAAAUGGAUUCACGGACAGUCCUGACUCACAACGGCGGGACUCGACAGGAAGCCCGGAUACGCGGCAUUCUGGCGGUAGUCGAGCAGAUACUCGCACGGAGAUGCUCGCUGCCGGUUGGGAUCCAGACCUUCCUCAUCCUGACACCUUGAUACAUCUCAUAGAUAUAUUCUUCAGAUGUGAUCCUUGCGGUUCCCGUAUGUUGCAUCGUCCUUCGUUACUUGCAUCCAUGCAUUUGCAUCCCAACGACCCAAAUUUUCCUCAUCCAGCGGUGCUGCAUGCCAUAUGCGCAUCAGCCUCACGCUGGACUUCCUACGAUAUCAACCCGAUGCCGGAUGGAACGCGCCGCGACACAUUUGCGGAGCAUCAUGUGAGCAAGACGCGAGCGUACAUUGACAGGACAAUGGCGACAGGCCGGGACAUUUUCCCCGUCGUGCAGGCCUGCAUCUUACUCUCUUGGUAUUUCUAUCAAGAGGGUCGUUGGGUGGAAGUAUGGAUAUUUGCGGGGUUUCAAGCGAGGGUCGCGGUGCCACUCCGACUCAAUUAUCCGGGCACUUUCUCUAUGAAUGGAUCGAAUACAGGUGCCUACCUUGAUCCUCCAAAAGAUUUCAAGGAAUUAGAGUUGCGCCGAAGAACUUGGUGGAUGACUGUAAUAUUCGAUCGUAUUGUGUCUGUUGGAGGAUGGCUUCAUGCUGUAGAUGAGAGGGACAUCGGGACAGAAUUCCCAUUGCGUUCUAUUGACUUUGAAACAGGGUCAGGGAUACCCGACAAUCCGCAACAUUUGGGUACAAAAGACGUCUUCAUUCGACAUAUACCUGAAUACACUGAUUCGUGCAUACUCUUCCUCAAGUCUGUCAUGUUGUUUGGCCGCGUAACAGACUACAAUACCAGGAGCAACCUUCGUGCAUCUGCACCGCCUAGCAUAAAUCAAAAUCCCUUCAAUUUGAUUGGCUUCGAGCAACUUGACAGGCUUGUCGCUCUUGAAUUCCUUGAGAGUUUUCCAUCAGGCUAUCGGCAGUUUGACAUUAGCCCGGAUGGGAGUGGCCUCGACACGGACCUCUACAUGGCCCAUGUUGUACCUUACGCGGCAACCAUCACUCUCCACAAUUCUUACAUUGACUUUCACAAUACCCAGAGCGUAUCAGCUGCACGUUGCGUCAACGCCACACGAUUCAUACUGUCGGCGUACUUCAGACUUUCGGAGACCUCGCUAGAUAUUACGCGUUUACAUCCGUUUAUAACGAUCUGCUGGUAUCUGGCGGCUGUCGUUCAGAUCCAGCUGUGCAAGUACUUCAUCGAAAUCGGGGACACUGCGGGAGAAACUAUGGCCUGGGGGAAUAUCAAUGCGCUCCGGUUUGCCAUGAUAACAUACGGCAGUCGCUCGCCCAUCGGUAUCCGUCAGGAGAAGUUACUCCAAGGCCUGAUGACCGAAAUCGUUCGGAUGACAUCGCAGAUGCAUCCCUUGCAGGUGGCAGUGCCUCUAUAUCCGUUUUCUCAUGCAGGGGUUUUCCCUAGGGAUGCUCAGAUAGUGGAGCUCACGGGUGCUCCUUUGCCUGGCAACCAACCGUUCGACGAAAUGUCGCCUACAUCGACGAUGCCAGCAGGUAUGAUGAAUUUGUCUACCUCGAAUCCUAUGGUAUCCAGCUGGGCUCGUCACACCUCAAACUCGCCGCCGUCCAUGCCUACUGCACAUGUGCAGGGCCAUGUUCCAGGUAUUCCGCCGGCUUACGCCACGCGACAUUAG